CAGGCACUACGCCGGCGCCAUUUUUGCGGCUGAUCCUGAAGCCCAUCCCCCUGAUGCUACCUCCCAGUCCGGCUCCCAUUGGUUUCAGCGGGGAAGCGUCUGGCUGCAUGCUCGCUGGAAGAAGAUGGCCUCGCCGAGGACCAUAACGAUUGUGGCCCUGUCGUUCGCGCUGGGCUUGUUUUUUGUGUUCAUGGGCACCAUCAAGCUCACCCCGAGACUCAGCAAGGAUGCCUACAGUGAGAUGAAAAGGGCAUACAAGAGCUAUGCAAAGGCGUUGCCAGGUCUGAAAAAGAUUGGGAUCAGCUCAGUGCUGCUCCGUAAAAUCAUUGGCUCUCUAGAAGUAGGCUGCGGAAUAGUGCUGACCCUUGUGCCAGGUCGACCCAAGGAUGUGGCCAACUUCCUGCUCCUCCUGGUCAUGCUAGCAGUCCUCUUCUUUCACCAGCUAGUAGGAGACCCUCUGAAGCGGUAUGCCCACGCUCUCGUCUUUGGGAUUCUGUUGACCUGCCGACUGCUCAUUGCACGGCAGAGUGACGACCGGCCAGAGCGUGAAGACAGCAGAGAGGAGCAGCACAUCAACGAUCAGGAAAAGAACAAGGUCAAGCAGUCUUAAGAUCCUCCACUUCCAUCCAAGCAACAAUAAAGGGAACCUAAUGGGCUCUGAAUUGUAAGAACUCAGAUUUGCAAAGGAAACAUUAUAGUAUCUCCCUUCAGCACAUCCUCUGUCCCAUCCAACUGGCUGACUGAUGACUCUCACCUUCCUCUGCACACCUACUGUGAAACCAAGAACUGCUGACCCAUAUGUCCUCUGCAUAACCAUGGACAAUCGUAUUUGUGAAAUCUCUGAGAUCUGCUAAAUGUCGAUCCAGCUUCCUAUUUAUUUCACUCUCACACUGUGUCAAAUGUUUGAUCUGAAAAAUUCUGAUGAAUUGAGAAUGCUGUUUUUUCAUAAAUCUUUGUAGCUUAUUUUUAAAUGUAGUUAGGGGUGUCUGAAUUUCAAGCAUGUUCUAAUUUGUGCAGUUUGACUGAAAGAAUCAAAAGGAACUCUACAGAGUUUGUAUGAUUACACAUCAGCUAAUAUGUAACUAUAUCAUGUUUUGGAGGAGUAUUACAAUGAAGCUGCUUUACAGAAGGAAAAAUUAAGCAAUGAUCCUAAAAUUCUCAAUUUCACUUGCAUCUUAUGUGGACAAACAUAAGCUCUAGGAUAUCUUUCCUUUCAGGUAGUGUAACACUGUAAAAUAGUUUUGGUGAAGAGGACAGCUGCCUCUAGUAUCUGCUACUUGCUUGUAUAGCAGAAGAAAACCAAAACAAGUUUUUUGUUUCUUUGUUUUUUGCCUGUGUGAAGAAUUAAUUUUACUCUUUAAUUCACGACUAAUGUCUUAAUUAAAAUGAUUUGUUUUAUUUUUCUUAUAUUAAGUUUAAAACUGUUCCUACUGCAGUUAAAAAUACUGUCAAUAAUACUGUAAUUUGUGUACCUAAAAUAAAGAAACUGAAAUAAACCAAA